CAUCACCAGCGCCUUAAAUUUGGCCCUAACCGCUGAAACUUAUCAUCAGCACAUACCAUUUUUCUAAAAUGGAAGUCAUUUCCCGAGCCGUGAAAUCUGUUUCAGAAGAUUGUUCAUCUUAUGACAAAGCUAAGGAAGUGAAGGAGUUUGAUGGGACUAAAGCCGGAGUUAAGGGACUAGUAGACUCUGGUGUAAUCAAGAUUCCUAGAUUUUUCAUCCAUUCCCAAGAAAGCCUCCCAAAAUCGUCUGAAACUAGUAAAAUUUGCCUACAAAUUCCACUGAUAGAUCUUCAAGGCUUCGAAGGUUGUCGACUAACCGAGAUAGUGACUAAAAUUCGUGAAGCGUCAGAAACAUGGGGCUUCUUUCAAGUGAUUAACCACACAGUUCCAGUCAGUGUUAUGGAAGACAUGAUAGAAGGGGUGAGAGGAUUCCAUGAACAACCCAAAGAAGUGAAGAUGGAGAUGUACUCUCGUGACAACGAUAAACAUGUAAGGUACUUUUGCAAUGGAGAUCUACUGGUGGCAAAAACAGCAGCAAAUUGGCGGGAUUCAAUAGCAUUUGAUUUCCACGAUGGUCAACUGGACCCUCAGUUCUUUCCUCAGAUAUGCAGAAAAGCAGUAAGCGAGUACAUACAACAUAUGAUCAGACUGAGAACAAUUUUAGCAGCUCUAAUAUCAGAUGCUUUAGGGCUACCAAGUGACCAUUUAGCAAGCAUGGAAUGCAUGGAGACAGAAUCCUUGUUGUGCCAUUACUACCCACCUUGUCCAGAGCCAGAUUUGACACUUGGUACAGCCAAGCAUACGGACCCAUCAUUUCUCACUAUUCUUUUGCAAGACAAUAUCGGUGGACUCCAGGUUCUUCAUCAAAAUCACUGGAUCGAUGUCCCCUUUGAACAGGGAGCUUUGGUCAUCAACAUAGGUGACUUCAUUCAGCUUAUCACCAAUGACAAAUUCAAAAGCGUGGAGCACAGGGUACUGGCAGGAAGCGUCGGACCAAGAAUAUCAGUUGCUUGCCUUUUCUAUCCAAGUACGAUGAAAAAAUUUAAACCCUAUGGACCAAUAAAAGAGCUUCUAUCUCAGUCUGAUCAUCCACCCAUUUACAGAGCAACUACUUUUGCUGAAUUUAUGGCACAUUUCCGGUCCAAAGGGCUAGACGGUAACUCAACCCUUGCUCAUUUUAAAUUAGAAUGACUUAUGGUUGAAAUAAAUUAGCCAAUAAUGAUAAUAUUAUAUAAAAUAUUUUGCUUUGUUUUA